AUGUCAGACGUCGACUUUCCAACCUACAUACCAGGCCCUCAAGAAAGACAGAAGACACAUGAGCUCGUCAAGAAUCUUCAAGCAAUGUCAGAGCAAAAAAUAACUCGAAACAAGUACAUGCGACGAGGAAAACCAGCAAAGAGAACUGAUUACGUGACUCCUAUUUCUGGGACUGUGAUAUCUUCUUGGAAAAUGAAUGAAUGGGAUUAUAAGAAAGGACUCGUUCCCACAAUGGCAAGAGGCUUAUUUACUAGAAAAGAUAAUAAUCAAUACGAAAUUGUCAUUCGAGGGUAUAACAAAUUCUUUAAUAUUGGCGAAAUGGAGUCGACAAAGUGGGAAAACAUUUAUCGAAACACAGAAGGUCCAUAUGAAGUUACAAUUAAAGAAAAUGGCUGUAUCAUAUUCAUUAGUGGUCUUCCAAAGGGAGAAAUUAUUGUAACUAGCAAGCAUUCUCAUGGUGCUAGAACUGACGUGCCUGUUUCUCAUGCACAAAAAGGUGAACAAUGGCUUGAGAGACACCUAGAAAAUGUUGGCAAAACCAAAGAGGAUUUAGCAAAUUAUCUAUAUGAACAUAAUUUAACAGCAAUAGCAGAGCUUUGUGAUGAUAACUUUGAAGAACAUGUACUUCCAUAUCCUCUUGAUAAGAGUGGUUUAUAUCUUCACGGAGUCAAUUAUAACACAAUAGAUUUGCAAACUUGGUCUAGUAAUAAAGUGACUGCCUUUGCAAAGUACUGGGGAUUUAUCACGACAAAAUACUACAUAAAAGAGACAGCAGAAGAGGUGAAAAGAUUCACUGACGAUGUCAAAGAACAACGUUUAUUAGAUGGCCGACCCAUCGAAGGUUUCGUCGUCCGAUGCAAAAGAGAGCACCAAGACUUCUUUUUCAAAAUCAAAUACGACGAACCCUAUCUGAUGUAUCGAGAAUGGCGUGAGCUCACCAAAGCUAUACUCGCGAAUAAAAAACCUCGCUCUACUUACACGCUUAGUCGAUAUUAUGCUGAUUGGGUGAAAGAGAAAUUAAAGACAGAUCCCGAGUUAUUCAAAGAUUAUUCUAAGGGACUUGGUAUAAUUAAAGUUCGGGAUAUGUUUCUGGAAGAAUGGACUUCUCGUGGUGAUUCAGAAAAAAGUCCAAAGGAGGAAAUUCCAAAGAUUCCAAAAGAGGAACGUAGGAUGUUUAAGAAGACUUUACUUGUGCCAGUUGCAACUAUUGGUUGUGGAAAAACUGCUGUUUCUCUAAUAUUAGGAAAGCUUUUUAACUUUGGUCAUAUUCAAAAUGAUGAUAUGGUCGGAAAGAAAGCUCGAUAUAAGUUUCACGAAGCAAUCAAGAGUAAAUUUGAAUCUCAUGACGUGGUCAUUGCUGACAGAAAUAAUCACCUUACUGAACUGCGAAAGACUCUGAUUGAGGCAGUGAAAACCGUAUAUCCAAAUAUUCAAGUGGUUGCACUUUAUUGGAAUCAUAGCGAACACAAUCUAAACGAAGUUUUCGAGGCCACUUCCAAACGUGUAAUCUCUCGCGGAAAAGCACAUCAAUCGUUAACGCCAGAAAAUCCGAGUUUCGAGCAUAUCAUCUGGAAAUUCCUUAAAGAUUUCCAGCCGCUGGAUUCCAAUAAUGGUGUCGAUGAUCAGUUUGAUGUGGUUAUCGAUUUAGACCCGCUGAAUGAUAUCCAAUCAACUCUCGAUACAAUUUUCAACGAAUUAUCAUCUAUCCUUGGAAUUGAAAUUCCAGAUGAACAUUAUGUCGAGAAAGCGAUCAAUUACGCACUAGAAUAUCAACCAACUGUCAAGAAAAAUGUUAUUUUACAAGAAAAAAGGAAAACUGCCAAUCGGAAGAGCAGCAGCAAGAAAUCACAAAAGUUCGCAGAAGAUAGUUCAGCUGCGCGUAGAAAAAAGCCACCCCUUUAUUACGGCAUCGCGGUAGAACUGGAUGUCAAAGAUUAUCUGAAAAAUUUACCAGAACUGGAUAACAACACUCUUUUCGAAACUCUCCAAAGGAAUCAGCGAAUCCGUCGCGAACACCACGUCACUUUAAUUCAUGCUACGGAACUUCGUAAAAGUGGAUCGCAAGAAUUUCAAGAAUUAUGGGAAGAAUACAGAAACAUGGUCGAUAACGACUAUAAAACGUACAAAGUCGAAUUAUAUAUCGACAAGAUUAUAUACAAUUCGCAACUAAUGGCGCUAGUGGUGCGAGAAAUUGAUCCUCCUGAAAUAACGAGCAUUAAUAAGAUCCCCCAUAUUACUGUUGGUACUGUCAGUGAUAAAGUCAAAGCGGCCGAAGCAAAUCGAAUGUUAGAAUCAGCACUGCUUGGAGUCAAUGGUAAGGGUAAAGGGCAAUCAGACAUUCAGAUUAUACAACUAGAAAAAGAUCUUCAUGUCUGUGGAACUAUCAGAGAGUUCUAUUAA